ACGACAACCAAAAGCAUAACCAUGCCGACCACUACCGCGCCGUCAACUACUACUGAAACGACUACAACUCCCACAACAACCGAUAGCACCACCUUGCCGACCACAACUGCAACGUCAACUACUACUGCAACGACUACAACUCCCACGUCAAGCAAAACCACCACCACCCCGACCACUACCGCGACGUCAACCACUACUGAAAUGACAACUCCCACGACAACCGAAAGCAUAACCACGCCGACCACUGCCGCGAUGUCAACAGCUAAUGCAAUGACUACAACUCCCACGACAACCAAAAGCAUAACCACGCCGACCACUACCGCGCCGUCAACUACUACUGAAACGACUACAACUCCCACAACAACCGAUAGCACCACCUUGCCGACCACAACUGCAACGUCAACUACUACUGCAACGACAACUCCCAUGACAACCGAAACAACCAAUACGCAGACCACUGCCGCGGCAUCAAGCACUUCCGCGACAACCACGCCGACCACUAGCGUGGCGUCAACUACUCCUGAAACGACUACAAUUGCCACGACAACCGAAACCACCACCACGCCGACCACUGCCACGGCGUCAACUACUACUGAAACGACAAUAAAUCCCACGACAACCGAAACCACCACCACACCGACCACUACCGCGACGUCAACUACAACUGCAAUGACUACAACUCCCACGACAACCGAAAGCAGAACCACGCCGACCACUAGCGUGGCGUCAACUACUCCUGAAACGACUACAGCUGCCACGACAACCGAAACCACCACCAUGCCAACCACUACCGCGACGCCGACCACUGCCGUGGCGUCAAUUACUACCGCGACAUCAACUACUACUGAAACGACUACAACUCCCACGACAACCGAAACCACCACCACACCGACCACUACCGCGACAUCAACUACUACUGCAACGACUACAACUUCCACGACAAGCAAAACCACCACCACACCGACCACCACCACGCCGACCACUACCGCGACGUCAACUACUACUGAAAUGACUACCGAAACCACCACCACACCGUCCACAGCCGCGGUGUCACCCACUACUGCGACGUCAACUACAACUGCAACGACUACAACUCCCACGUCAAGCAAAACCACCACCACCCCGACCACCGUCAACUACUACCGCGACAUCAACUACUACUGA